AUAGAACUGUUCUAUUUGUUUUUUUCGCUGUCCAGAUCAAUCUUGGAAUUUAUACCAAGGAUAAGAAAUCUGAGUUCUCAGUCUUAGUUGAUCGUGCCACUGGUGGGGCUAGCAUCAAAGAUGGUGAGGUGGAAUUGAUGCUUCAUAGGCGUAUUCUUCAUGAUGAUGGUAGAGGAGUUGGGGAAGCACUCGAUGAACAAGUUUGCGUGAACAAUAACAAAACAUGUGAAGGACUAACAGUCAGAGGAAAUUAUUAUAUCAGCAUAGACAAACUUGGGGCUGGUGCACGCUGGCGCCGUACAACUGGUCAAGAAAUCUAUUCGCCAUUCUUAUUGGCUUUUACACAUGAGAACUUGGAAAGUUGGAAGUCCUCACAUUGGACCAAAGGAACAAUCCUGGACCCAAAUUACAGCUUGCCCCCGAAUGUAGCUCUGAUAACUCUUGAGGAGUUGGAUGGUGGAGUUGUGCUUCUCCGUUUGGCACAUCUAUAUGAGGUUAGUCUAUACAAGUAUUUAUCUCAUAUAACUUCAGAUGCACGAAGCAAAUUGCAUAAAUACAUGUUUUAG